AGUUGUCCCAUGGGAAUUUAUUUCCUAAAAGCCGGCACUGACCGCAUCUGGGUUCCCGCUUAUAGACUCCUCCGCGAAUUACUCAUUCCAGAAGUCCAUGAUUCUAACCCCUCCGAUCAUUUCGGGGUUGAUAAAACCCAUAAAUUACUUCACCAUUUUUAUUAUUGGCCAUAUUCGGCGUCUGAUGUGCAGAGAUAUGUUUCGGCAUGCCCGACCUGCCAACGCAUGAAGUCCUCUCGACAGCAGCCACUUGGACUACUGCAACCGCUCGAGCCAUCCCAGAAGCCGUGGCAACAUGUGACGAUAGACUUCGUCACAGGACUUCCGGCAGGCGCAAGUGGCAACGGCGCCCUCCUCGUUGUCGUCGAUCGCCUGAUGAAAAUGGCGCAUUUCGCACCCUGUCGAACAACAAUCACUGCAGAAGAAACAGCCAAACUCUUCAUCUCCACCGUUGUUCGUAUGCACGGCCUACCAUUGGCGAUCAUCAGCGACCGCGACCCCAAGUUCACAUCCAAGUUCUUGUAAGAGACAUGGGAACAGUACGGCACCCGCCU